GGAGUAGUGGUCAUUGGUUGGGAUGAGUACGGAGUAGUGGCCAUUGGUUGGGAUGAGUACAGAGUAGUGGCCAUUGGUUGGGAUGAGUACAGAGUAGUGGCCAUUGGUUGGGAUGAGUACAGAGUAGUGACCGUUGGUUGGGAUGAGUACGGAGCAGUGGCCAUUGGUUGGGAUGAGUACGGAGCAGUGGCCAUUGGUUGGGGGAGUAGUGGCCAUUGGUUGGGAUUAGUAUGGAGUAGUGGACGUUGGUGGGAUGAGUACGGAGUAGUAGCCAUUGGUUGGGAGGAGUACAGAGUAGUGGAUGUUGGUUGGGAUGAGUACGGAGUAGUGGCCAUUGGUUGGGAUGAGUAUGGAGUAGUGGUCAUUGGUUGGGAGGAG